CACCUACGUCGGUGAUCGUCGCAACCUGGCCGCCACCGUGAGUAGAGUAUCCGGCGAGUAUUCCCCGAUGUCAAUAGCGUACGUGCGUCCGAGUGACGAGCACCGAUGCCGGUAGCUCGUCAACGAGAUUCAAGUCGGUUGUGUGUGUCAAUUUCGCGCGUUUCCUCGUAUAAAUACCGGUCAGUUUUCUAUAUUUGGAUCGUGCUUCGAUUGAAAGCCGAUCAUACGAACCUGUUCGCCGCGAGUGACUUUGAUGUAUAAGGUUAUGUUCACGGUGGUUACGCGCCGAAGUUUCGCGGAAGCCGGUAUGGAGUCUCGUUGAGAGAGAGUGAUAUGUCCGUGAUGUCACGAGGCUCGCCCUGGUGCUGGGACGCACCAGGGACGAGGAAAUCUAUGCUUUUUCUAACCAUCGCCAUCCUUUUCGGCUUGUUGUCGCGAGGCGUCGUCGGCGAGAAAAAUAAAAAAUAUCACAUAAGCGACGUGUGCAAGAAGAAUUACAUGCGAGAUCUGUACAGGAAGAUAGACGGGGCGGUUCUGCAGUCGCAGCUCGAGAAGGACCUCGACUGCACCAUCACCUUCCAAACACACAGCAUCCUUCAGCGGUUCAUGCUCCGUUUCGACCACCUUCAAUUGGACUGCAACGAUCACCUUUACAUCUACGAUGGCGCGCACGCGGUCAGCAGUUACAAGGCAGACCUGUCCUGCCAGAACACGAAGCAGACCGUGGGCGCGAUUUAUACGCGCACGAACUUCGUGACACUGAAAUACGUCACCGACUCGUGGGGCACCCUCUCGAACGGCUUCCGCCUCGUUAUCACCGCCGUCAAGGAUCCGAAGCACACUUGCAAGGACUUCCGAUGCACCCAGAACGAAUUUUGCAUCGAGAGGGAUCUCCUUUGUGACGGCGUGAAUCACUGCGGCGACGAGUCCGACGAGGCUACCUCCACCCUCUGUGCCAAUUCCGAGGCAUCGACGAUCCUGGGUAUGCAGACGAUCUGGUUCGUGAUCGCGCUGGUUUUCCUUAUCCUGAGCGUGGCAGGCCUGGUCACGGCGGCGGUCCUCUGCUUCUGCAGGCAGCGUGCAGCAACCCCCAGGCACCCCCACAACGCGCACAACGCCCAGACUCAUCCUCCGGUCAGCUUCCCAUACGAGGCGCGUUGCCCCUCUUUAGGAAUUCGAGGCUCGCGCGGAAGGCGGCGGUGGUACGUGGCGCGGAUCGAGUUUCCCUGGUCGCGGACGACGCCAGUUUCGUGGCGGCAGUCGAGCGUAAUCAGCCCCAACGGCGCGGCCGCUGCUCUGUGGAGGGUAGCGCGGUGGACCACCACCGCCAACAUGGUGCAGCGUGCUCCUCGCGCCACGCGGUCGUCGAAAGCGGUGGAAAGCGUUCUCGUUCUCGCGCUUCUUCUCUUCGCCAUUUCUCCGUCCUCCAACGCCUCGAUCCCCCCCGAAUCGCUACCGCUGGCGAUCGGUAACACGUUGGAGCAGGGCAGGGAUUACUUCAUAGGCCCUUGCCUGGUGAACACGAAUCAGACGUGCCCCGACAAGGAAGUGACGUUCUUCCUGUUCACGAAGAGGAAUCCGAAAGCCUGGCAGCAGAUAUUCGUGGACGGGAGCGGGUCGAACUUGGGGCGGACGAAUUUCAAUGCGUCGAACCCCACCAAGAUCGUGGUGCACGGCUACGACUCGGACAUGGAGCUGUCCUAUCUGGUGGACGUGAGGAACGAGUACUUGAAGAGGUACGAUUACAACGUGAUAGCCGUGGACUGGCAUCGGUUGGCUACGGCCCCCUGCUACCCGAUCGCCGUGCAAAACGUGCCCCACGUGGGCGAUUGUUUGGCCCAGUUGGUGGAGAGGCUGAGGGACGAGGGGGCGGAGGACGUGCACGUGAUCGGGUUCAGCCUGGGGGCGCACGUGCCCGCGUUCGCCGCCAACGCCCUCAGCCCUUACAAGAUGUCGAGGAUCACGGGCCUGGACCCGGCCAUGCCGUUGUUCGUCACGGUGGACAAGCGGGACAAGCUGGACGCCUCUGACGCCCACUUCGUCGACGUGUUCCACACGAACGCGUUCAUCCAGGGCAAGGUGGAGACGAGCGGUCACAUAGACUUCUACAUGAACGGGGGUAUCAAUCAGCCCGGGUGCUGGGAGGGGUGGAGGCCGUUCGAGUGCGACCACCACAGAUCCGUCAUGUACUUCGCCGAGUCGAUAAACACGGACGUCGGUUUCUGGGGCUGGCAGUGCGGGGGAUUCACUUUGUACCUGCUCGGCCUCUGCCCCCCGAGGUAUCCGGCCGUGCUCGCGGGCGACAAGGUGGACACGAGCAGAAGGGGCUUCCAUCUCGUGAGAACGAACGCGUACAGCCCCUACGCGAUGGGCAAUUUCAGCGUGAACAGGUUGGACGUGUACACUCUGUGAGGCGUCGAGGGGCGGCGGGGAAGAAGAACGCUGCGCUCUUACGUCGUCGCGGACGGAACGUGGAAAAUUCCGUGGAACGUAUGAAUUUAUUUUUCGAAAGAAACAGAGGCGCGUUUAUAUCGUUAGAGCUCUCGUUAUUUCCGCAAUUGCUGCGCGUCGCUCCCGCGAGCGUGAGAGUCGGUUGAAAAAAAGCGUUCCGUGUCAAGGUCAGGGGAGCUCCGCCAUCUGCUGUUAAUCGAUAGCUAGUGUUCCGCUAGUGGGGGAGGAGGGAGGGGAGGGGAAGCGUAGUGGGGCUGUCCGGCCGCAUUGCUCGCAUUUAGAACUUGAUUCCUUAUCGAUCGUUCGCUCGAAAUUUCGAAUAAAAUUCCGAGUUUUGUUUUUUUUUUUUGUUUUUUGUUCUGGAAGGGCUCGAUUUUCGUCAAAGGAUGAGAACGAUCUCUUUUUUUCUUUCUCUUUUUUGGGAGAGGUUAUUACGUUAAGUUUUAUUUCUUUUUUUUUUUUUGUUUAGAUUAGAAUUGCGUUUGAAACGUAAAAUAAGGAACGAACGUUAAAGACGAUUACUCGUUUGAUUUAUAGUCGCGCUGCAUUCUCGAUAGCAACAUGACCGAUAGCUCGUUACGUUGAUUUUGCGAUCGUAAAUACAACGAAUAAAUUUGAAUUAAACGAAUUCGUAAUAACGGACAAAUCUCAACGCGUUCCAAUGUUAUCGACGAUGAAAUAAUUAUAAUUUAACGCGAUCACCUAUAGUGAAAAAGUAAUCGUCUUAAAUUUUUGCAUCGUUCUUUAUUUAACGUUAUAUACCGUCUCUGUAAGAAUAGCAUAGUUGCAUCAAUUUUAAAAGAUAAGAGGAUUCGACUGACGAUCGACGUUACGUAAUCUCCUUACGUAACGAUGCGUCUCUAAUAAAUUUCUGUUUUAACGCUAAAUUUAACGCGUCGAUAAAGCGAAUAAAAUUUUAAGACUGUGUAAGAACAAAAAAAAUUUAUUCCGACGAUACGUUCCCAUUGUUUAUCUAUAUUCGUUAUCGAUAGAUUUAUUGGAUUUUACACUUUAUAUAUAUACAUUUAUAAAUAUUGUGUGUAAAUUAUGAUGCAAUGAAAAUAAGAGGGAUUAUUUAUUCUUUAA